AUGUUAUUUCACCGUAUUGGACUUGAAGGAUGCAUUCUUCUGUUGCCGCCUGGCAGAAGAAAGUCAGCCCCUGUUUGCAUUUCAAUGGACAGAUCCGGGAACAGGCACCAGGGUGCAAUACACGUGGACGAGGCUUCCACAAGGCUUCAAGAAUUCUCCAACCCUUUUGGGGUUGCAUUGGCCUCGGACCUGUCUAGCUUCCCCACCAGUCCGCGCAGAGUCUUGAUGCAGUACGUGGAUGAUCUUCUUUUGGCCUGUUCAGACGAGAGCACGUGUAUGGAGGCCACCAAGGACUUGUUAAAUCACCUGGCUGAAGCAGGAUACCGAGUAUCUAAGAAAAAGGCCCAGAUAUGUCAACCCACCGUGAAAUACCUUGGAUUUGAUAUAUCCCAUCAGCGACGGACCCUAAGGGAAGAAAGGAAGCAAGCCAUCAUCCAGAUUCCAGAGCCAAAGAAUCGCAGGGAACUUCGCGGCUUUCUGGGCUCAGCAGGAUUCUGUAGAAUAUGGAUACCAGACUACAGCACAAUUGCCAAGCCUCUGCAUGAGUCAACCAGAGGAACUGAAAAGGACCCCUUUGUGUGGGGAGAAGAGCAACAGCAUGCCUUCAAGGAUCUGAAAAAGGCAUUGCAGCAAGCACCAGCGCUGGGCAUCCCAAAUCCUGAGAAGCCUUUCUCCCUAUUUGUGGAUGAAGACCAGGGAACAGCAAAGGGAGUGCUAUGCCAAAAUUGGGAAGCUGGCAGCAGCCCGUGGCAUACCUAUCUGAGCGCCUGA